CUCUUCAUUGGCUGCUAGAAUAGAAAUAGGUGGAUCGCGUGCUGCCACCCGACACUGCAUAAAGGAUGAAUCCCGGCUACGCUCAAACCAGACCACUGGGGCUGUGGACUGGAUGCGCGAGUGAAAGUGAACAGCGCUUAUCUACAGAGAAAACAAACAAACUACAGCACCGGACCGGAGCAAAUCUCCUAUACUUUGAACAUUCCCGAUAAAGCAAGCUAUACAACUGGAAUUCUGUUUGCAUAUGCGCAGUGUUGGAUACAUACUGGACAUAUAUAUAUUUACAGAGAGACUGUUUUUCAUUCACAUUCAGAUCGUACUCUUGCACCGUGGCACAGACCGAUGCGUCUUCUGAACAUGUCAAACAACUUCUUACUUGCGCCCAUUCCAGAAUCUCCGGAUUAUAUUAUCAACCGGGACAUCAAAAUCGCAGUGCUGGGCUCUGCGGGAGUAGGAAAAACCGCUAUGAUUGUGCGAUUCCUUACCAAGAGGUUUAUCGGGGAUUACGAGUCUAACACAGGUAACCUGUAUUCAAGGCUCGUUCAGCUUGAAGGAGAUCAGCUUUCAAUUCAAAUACAAGACACGCCAUGCAUCCAGGUUAACGGAGAAGGGGUUCGACUCCCGGACCUCGCCUCCCGGUGUAUCCACUGGGCAGACGGGUUCAUCCUGGUCUAUUCAAUCACACAGGACAGCAGCCACAAAGCCAUCCAUUCGCUGCACCAGCACAUCCGCAAAGCGCACCCGGACACCAAGCCGCCAGUGAUCAUCGUCGGUAACAAGAGCGACCUUCUCCACGCCAGGCAGGUCCAGACGAGCGAAGGGAUCCAGCUGGCCAGCGAGCUGGGAGCAGCGUUCCUGGAAAUCUCCACCAGCGAGAACUACGAGGACGUCAGCGAUGUGUUUCAGCAUCUCUGCAAAGAGGUGAGCAAGCUGAACUCUCACUACAUCAACGGCGAGAAGCGAAGAGGCUCCCUCAUCCCCCGGCCAAAAUCACCCAACAUGCAAGACCUCAAGCGGCGCUUUAAACAAGCGCUCUCCUCCAAAGCGAAAUAAAAAAUAAAAACACACUUCGUGAGAUCAACAUGCUUGAUUCUGAUUCUGAGUUAUUAUUAUUAUUAUUAUUAUUAUUAUUAUUAUUAUUAUUAUUAUUAUUAUUAUUAUUAUUAUUAUUAUUAUUAGUAGUAGUAGUAGUAGUAGUAGUAGUGUCGCCUUCUUAUAACAUCUGUAAGGAAUUAGCGAACAUUUCAUCAUAAUAACGCGAAGGCAUUGUCUAUUGGGUGUGGCUACAUUGCAAUACGUGCUUAUUGAAGCCUCUUGUUGUAUUUUAAUAAUUGCACUGCCCUCUCGCAUAUUUAUGAUGUUGCCAUAAUUCUGAGUGGCUCUGGAUUGGAUGAUGGCAAACAUCAUACAGAACCUAGGAGAAGAAAGCUCUAUACUAAAGUACUAGUGAGUACUAUAGAACAAUCUAUAGAUUCAGAUUCAAUACCAGAGCUACGCAGUACUAUAGUACACACUCUAGUCAAAAAUAUGUUUACUAAUUCUAACUAUAUUUGUAUAAGGCAGUAUAAUAAUAAUAAUAAUAAUAAUAAUAAUAAUAAUAAUAAUAAUAAUAAUAAUAAUAAUAAUGAAUAUGUAAGUUGAAGAUAUCCCCCCCCCCCCCCCAGUAAAAUAUUAAAAGUCAUCCAUUUUCUAACAUGUCCAGCACUUUAUUAUAGGAGCUAUUCAUGAGGACUUGUUAAUUCAUUUGUUUUCAUUAGUAAGGACAAUUCAACAUUGUAAGUAGGAAAAACCUGAAUACGGUAAACAGACAACGUUUCUGUUAAUUACUGUAGAUCGCAGAUAUAUUAUUACCUACAUAAAUCUACUUUUGCAUAGUCGUUAAUAAAACCCCAGAGUUCAGUCUGAAAUGUGAUGUGGUUAAUGCUGUACAGUGUGCCUAAUACUGGACCUGCAGAAUGACCUCUUUCCUUGAUACAUACAGUAGUUGGUUCAAUUUUCUAAAAGUGAAACAUUAUGCAUAUGUUUUAAUAUGCUGUUCUUUUUAUUAUAUCAACUAUUUUCUGCAGUAAAAAUGUAUAUCAUGCUUGAAUGUAAAACUGUUUUUAUAUUAAAAAACACCUU